GGUACGGACCUUUCUCUCUCCCGAGAGAGAAGACAAUCGACUCACAUUUUUUUGAAAUUCAAUUUUGUUUUUCUGAACAAGACAAACAAAAAAAGUUUAGCUUCCGAUAAACGCUGAAGACGAUGCCGCCGGAGAAUCCGUCUACGGCUUUCGAUGGCUCGGUAGAGACGAUAAACGCAGCAGUUGACGCAGAGCUCGCCGAGUUAGCGGCAGCUGGAGGUGGAGGAGGAGACUCGAACGGCGGCUGCGGCGGAAGGAGCAAAACGAAGGGACCUUGGUCGGUGGAUCAAGAUGCGGUUCUCACGAGGCUUGUGAACAAGCUGGGGCCGAGAAACUGGACUCUCAUCUCCCGUGGAAUCCCAGGUCGCUCUGGGAAAUCUUGCCGAUUACGGUGGUGCAAUCAGCUCGAUCCUUGUCUCAAACGGAAACCUUUCACUGAUGAGGAGGACAAUCUGAUUAUGUCUGCACACGCGGUUCAUGGGAACAAAUGGUCCGUGAUUGCAAAACUCUUACCUGGGAGAACAGAUAAUGCCAUCAAGAACCACUGGAACUCAGCUCUUAAACGCAAACAAGCCGAUCUAUGGACGAAUCAUCAGUUGAUGUCUAAUACAGCAACUCCUUACAUCAACGAAACAAUGGUCAGACACAUAUCAAAUGCAUCCUCCAAAGAGUGUUUGCAUCGAGAAGAAAUCAUCAGAUCAUCUGACCCUCCGAUAUCAAAUGAUGUUAAAAUGGAUGAUGCAGUCAACGAGCCUCCUCGGGAACAAAAGUUUAAACCUCAGGUUUAUCGCCCUGUCCCUCGAAUUGGUGCUUUCAGUGUCUAUAAGCCGGGAUACAUGAACCCUCAUAUGGCUCCAUGUGAGGGACCUUUGGUUCAAGCAUCAAGACCUGACUCAUUGGCCGGUAAAUUUCUUCAGUCUCUUUGUUAUGAACCUAACAUCCCUUCGAAAUGCGGUCAUGGCUGCUGUAUCCAUCCAGACGAGAAAUUGUCAUUAUCAUCCAAGUCGUUGCUGGGACCAGAAUUUGUGGAUUUUGAGGAAACUUCUUCUCCAGCGCUAGACCAAGAAUUGGUUUCUAUAGCAACUGAUCUGAACAAUAUUGCUUGGAUAAGGAGUGGACUCAACAAGGGCUAUCAUAGAGAAAGUGAGAAUUUGAAGGCAGAUACUCAUUUUCCUCUUGAAUAUGCUCGAGCUCGAUCGAAUUUUACGGGAACGGUGAACAAUGGUGUGUCAAGUCAGAUGCUGAGACAAAAUUUAAGGGCUUUGAGCUGAUCUAGAGAUUAAAACGUAAUCAUUCGAUAUUACUCUGUUGAUUCUAUUUUCACCAGAUCAUAGAAUAUCGAAACAUUACAAGUAUAAAGCUUGCAUUUCCUAGGAAAUUCUAAUUGAAAAAAAAAUAUUC